AUGCUCUCUCCCGAAAAAUGUCCGGUCGCCGGCUUUCAACCACCGGCGGUUCAAGAAGUCCUUGAACGCAAUCCGAAAAAGACCAAACGUGAUGAUCGACUACUAGACCUUAUUGUCGCUGACACCUUGCCGGACUUCGUUCUGGAAACACCACUGGACGCGCCAAUGGAACAUCCCAAUGAUAAUAUCACUAUGCCACCGCCGGGUAGCUAUAGGCAGAGUCUGACGGGUUUCUUGAGCCGCAAGAUUACAGAACCUUCUCCCCUGGACGAGGACGCCUCAGAUGAUGAUGAACCAGUCGAAAACGAUGACCCUGACUGUCCAAGAAUCUUGGUGACUAAAGAGGAAAAGAAGAGGCUAAGACGCCUAUGGCGCAAAACUCUUAUCAUUCAUCUUCUUGGGAGACCGGUAGGCUAUAACCUCCUUCUCCGGCGCCUGCAAACGCUCUGGAAACUUGAAUCCUCCUUGGACCUGAUUGACCUUGUUCAUGGAUACUACCUAGCAAAAUUUGAGUCUCAAAACGACUACGAUCACGUCAAGUUGGGAGGUCCUUGGAUGUUGCUAGACCACUAUUUGGUCGUCCAAGAAUGGGAACCAAAUUUCAAUCCCACGUCUAACAUAACAAGAAAGCUCUUAGCUUGGAUCCGCCUACCAACUCUGCCAAUAGAAUACUUCGAGGACGAAUUCCUCAUGAAGAUUGGUCGCCAACUGGGCAGACCAAUCAAAGUGGAUGUGACGACCUGCUUAGCGUCAAGAGGAAAGUUUGCUCGUGUCUGCGUUGAGAUUGACAUCUCGAAACCAUUGCGAUCUAAGUUCACUCUGGCGGAUGAAGUAUACCCGGUUGAAUAUGAAGGCAUCCACAUGAUAUGCUUCAAGUGUGGAUUAUAUGGCCACAAGCAAGAACUCUGUGGCCUUGAUGGGAAGACCCCUAAUCCUCCAAACUUGCCUGAGGCAGCAGAGGUUGCGAAGAUGGAAACAGAGAAUGCUCAGCAGAAAACAAGAAACACGCCUAGUCCCUACACUGACAAAUAUGGCUCGGGGAUGAUUGUCAAAUGCAAGGAACGAAGGAAUCCAAAGAAACCUGAGAGGAGGCCUGUCCAAGAUUUGAGGACGGCCCCAGAUCAACCACGAGAUCCCGACCCCAAACCCGUCUCCCACAAAUCCCGCUCACUACCCGAUUUGCACCACUAA